AUAACAUUCUUGAUGAUGGUAUAGGCUUUGAGUCAGUAUUUAGAUCACUCCUGAGCACUUAAUAAUGCUAAAAAUCCAUUUUCAAACUCUCUCCUGAAGUUUGGGAACUGGAAAAAUAUUUUUGUCCCCAAUGCGAUAGAGGAGAUAUAACUCUUCCCUAUGAGAAUGUCAAAGGAGGAGAGAAUUUUAUCAAUAUAAUAACUAAAUUACGAAAUCGACAUUCAAGAUCUUACAGUCAUGCUGAUCCAGACCGAAAUUCUAAAUAUAAAGCUGCUUAUACCAAAGAUGCAUCCCAAGAGUAUACUGAUGGACAGAAUAUUUACAUAAAACUCUCUCAUAGCACAGAGAAGUUAAGGAAGACACCAAGAGGCCUAAGAGGUCACUCUAAAGGCACAAGCUGCUCUCCCAAAGCACUUAAGUCAUUAAUAAACCAAUCAACCAGAGAGGAAAUUGAUCAGAAGAAUAAAUUUAUGCCUAUGAAAACGCAGAUUACAAAUGCGAGUAGAAGGUCGAAUUCCAAUAGUAACAUAAAAAUUUUAAAGCCAAAGAAGCGGAACCAUACACAAAUCGUCGGUCAGCAGUUUCCAAACAAUCGGCUGUUUAAAGAUAUUGGGCAGACAUUUGGUGACCGAAAGCCCACCGUCAUAAAUCUACUUAACUUGAUCAAAUCGUCUCAAAGAAAAAUCAAAAAGAGACAACCAGAGAUUUGAAAAAUCAGUCAAUUAGGAAGCAACAAAACUUAUGAAUCUGAUCACAAGAAUAGUUUCAGUAUCGAGAACUGCUAUACUCAAACAAAAGUAAAUAUUAAACAUCGAAGGUCUCUCUCAAGGAGAAAUAUUGACUAUGCUCAAAAACGAAGUGUCUGCACUGAAACAGAGCAUUUUGGACAAGCUCUUGUUCCUAAGAAGCCUAUUUUACACAAUAACAAUUCAUUCCAAGACCUUACUCAAUUUAAAGAAAGCAAAAGAGAGAAAAAUCAGCCUGUUUUUAAACGAAAAUUAGCAAUAAAAUCAUUUAAAAUGCCUCUGGAUGUCCAAAAACUCAUGUGUAAGAAGAUAACCAAGCUAAAUAUCACCAAAGGGUAUAAUGGCAAAGAUCUACAAAGGAUACUCCACAGAAAAAUUAUGUCAUAA